CCGGCUGCACGAUUCAGAAAGAGAGCAACACUUUUGACCACUGCAACAAAACAAUCGAGGAGGAAAGGGAUCACAAAAAAACAGCAGCAAGCGACGGCGUCCCCGGCCGGCCGCCGGCCAUGGCUUCCGACCUUCUCCUCCACAUCCUCCUGGCCGCUGCCGCCUCGCUCUGGGCUGUGGCGGCUGGUCAGGACGACAACGUCCUGCGGCCUUUUGCACCAUCGUGCUCGACGACGGGCAACUACACCGCCGGCAGCAAGUACAAGAAGAACCUGGACGAGCUCCUGGCCGCGCUCCCCGCGGCGGCCGGUGACAACGGCUGGUUCUACAAGGGCCGCGCCGGCGCGGACGCCGACGAGGUGUUCGGCCUCAUCAUGUGCUUCGCCGACCGCAACGCCACGCAGUGCCAGGACUGCCUCUCCAGGGCGCCGGUGGGGAUCAUGACGGUGUGCCCGGGCAGCCGGAACGUGAGCGCGGCGUACGACGCGUGCGUGCUCCGGUACUCGGCGGCGCCGAUCCCCGCCACCGCCGACCUCGGCGCCGUGCUCGCCGUGUACGUCUCCGGCGAGCCCGUCACCUCGCGGGGCCUGCGGGGCGCAUGGCUGCCGCUGAUGAGCAAGCUCACGGCGGGUGUCACCGCCUCGCCGUUGCGGCUCGCCAACGAGACCGCUCCCUACUCGAGCUCGCAGGAGAUGUAUGGGCUGGCGCAGUGCACGAGAGACCUCAACGGCACCGAGUGCUCCAAGUGCAUCAACAACUACAUCAGCCAGCUGGAAGGUCAGUUCCACAACAACACCAGCGGCGCCAUCAAGGGGUACAGCUGCUACCUCAUCUACCAGGUGGGCGCGCUCGAUAUCACCCUGCCGCCGGCGACUGUGCCGCCGCCGACAGAACCAUCAUCGUCUUCCAAGACACGGCUUGUGAUAGGCUUGUCUGUUGGUGGAGCUGCGUCCUUCGUCGUCCUGGGCUCCUUGAUAUGGCUUCAUCGUCAAAGACGGCGGCGGAAACGAGCAAGAAUCCUCAACAACCAAGCGAGGGAGCGGGAGCUGGAAGAGGGCGACUUCCUCGACGACAAGCCGGAGAUGCAGGACGACUUCGAGAAAGGGACCGGGCCGAAGCGGUUCCGCUACGACGAGCUCGCCAUUGCCACCGACGACUUCUCGGACGACCAUAAGCUCGGAGAAGGCGGAUUCGGGUCGGUGUACAGAGGAUUCCACAAGGAGAUGGGCAUUGAGGUCGCCAUCAAGAAGGUAUCCAAGGGUUCGAAGCAGGGGAGGAAGGAGUACGCCUCGGAGGUGAGCAUCAUCAGCCGGCUGCGGCACCGCAACCUCGUGCAGCUCAUCGGUUGGUGCCACGGCGGCGGCGAGCUCCUCCUCGUCUACGAGCUGAUGCACAAUGGCAGCCUCGACACGCACCUCUACAGCGGCGCCACCGGCGCCGCCCUGUUGCCAUGGCAGCUGCGGCAUGAGAUCGUGCUCGGCCUGGGAUCGGCCCUGCUCUACCUGCACCAGGAUUGGGAGCAGUGCGUUCUCCACAGGGACAUCAAGCCGAGCAACGUCAUGCUGGACGCGUCGUUCCACGCCAAGCUCGGCGACUUCGGCCUCGCCAGGCUCGUCGACCACGGCCGGCGCUCGCACACCACGGUGCUCGCCGGCACCAUGGGGUACAUGGACCCAGAGUGCAUGACCACCGGCCAGGCGAGCGCCGAGUCGGACGUCUACAGCUUCGGCGUCGUCCUCCUCGAGAUCGCCUGCGGGCGGCGGCCCAUGGUGGCUCGCCACGGCGAAGACGGCGUCGUCGUCCACCUCGUGCAAUGGGUGUGGGAGUUCUACGGCCGGGGAGCCAUCCUCGACGCCGCCGACGCGCGGCUGGUGGGCGAGUUCGACGUCCGGGAGAUGGAGACGGUGAUGGUCGUUGGGCUGUGGUGCGCGCACCCUGACCGGAGCCUGAGGCCGUCCAUCAGGCAGGCCGUCAACGUGCUGCGGCGAGAGGCGCCGCCGCCGAGCCUGCCGGCGAGGAUGCCGGUGGCGACCUACAUGCCCCCACCUGACGCUUUCUACUACACAUCUUCGGUGGCUACAGGCGGCAGCAGCGCCACCACCACCGGCACCUCCCAGUCCAGCAGCACGACAGAGACAUCUACCUUGCUGAAAUGACCACACAGCAUGGUUAUGGUUUUACACCAGGACAUUGUUUGGUUUGGCUAAAUUUUUUUUUGCGAAAAAAGAAUUGUUGUAUUAAACUAGGGAGGUGACCCGACCCGCGCAUUUGCGCGGCUAGUUUGACUAAAAUUUUGUAUAUUGCUAUUAUUUAAAUGUUGUUAUAAAUGUUUGGAAAACAACUUAUGAAAUUCUAGA